AUGUCGUCCGUUAAUUUAAAUGAUGGCAUUUACCAUGAUGCAAUAGAGAAGGUUAACGAUUAUAUUCAGGCUUUCAAUCAUCUAUAUCAGCUAGAAACAUUCAUUGAUAGCGAAAUAGAAGAAAUUUUUCAAGAAAUUCAAACAAUUAUCAUUGAAAAAUACAAGUUAGACCCUAGCAAAGUUUUGAAGAGCAUAUCAACAGCAUGCAAAUAUCAUCACAAGUACUUAAAAUCGUAUUGGGCUUUAUUCAAAAAAGUUUACGAUAAAUAUUCUCCAAAAAUCGACGUAAAUGAAUUAUUCAUUCCAUUUAAAGCAUUAGUUUUUAAAGAGUACGGCAUUAAAACAUUUUCAGAGACUUCAAGUGACGCAAAAAUAAUCACACAACUUUUAAACAGAGAUAUCUUUGAAAUUCAUUCACCAGGCACCAUAUUACAUGCUAUAAUGAAUGAUGAUCUUCAGUCGUUCAUUCCUUUUACAGAACAACCAAAAUUCCAUAAGAAUAAGUUAAUUCAUCAUUAUCUUCAACUCGAAAUAUAUUCCAUCAUAGAUUGGUGUUGCUACUACGGCUCUGUCAACUGCUUCAAGUAUAUGAGAUCAAAAUUCAACGCUCCAUUAGGAAAAACUAGUUUAUCUUUGAGUUUUUUAAGUCAAAAAAGUGACAUCGUAAAAGAAUGUUUACAAAAUGUGAAACCAGACAAUUAUUCAAUGAAUUUUGCUGUUGCAUCGCAUAACAUUGAAUUUGUUACUUAUUUGCUAAAUAACUAUACUUUCGACGUCGAUUUAAGAAUUUGUUAUAACUACAACAAUUUGCAAAGUUUUUUGUUGUUUAUUGACACUUUUAAACUUUGUUCAUCAGGUUUAUUAUAUAUUUCGGAGUUCAUGGGAAACAAUAUUUUGGCUAAGUACUUUAUUGAAAAAGGAUGCGAUGUAGAUAUUAAAGAAAAAUUGUCAUUUAAAACUCCUCUUCAUUUUGCAAUCGAAAAUAAUAAUUUUGAAUUGGUCAAACUUUUGAUUGAACAUGGUUAUAAAGCAAAUCAGCAAAUCACUAUUUUAGGGCAUAGUGAAUUAUCUUUUGCAUGUCAAAAUGGAAACUACGAAAUCACAGAAUAUCUUAUUCAAAAUGGUGCACAAGUUAAUUUUCAAGAUAUUACAGGAAAUACUCCUCUUCAUUAUGCCGCUAAUUUUAAUUUCGUGAAAAUAUGUGAAUUACUUGUUAAAAACGGUGCAGUAGUUGAUUCUAAAAACAGAGGUGGAGAAACUCCUCUUCUUUUUGCUGCAAAAAAUAACUCAUUAGAAGCAGCAAAAUUUUUAGUUGAAAAAGGGGUAGAUGUAAAUGUUGCAGACAUGUUCCACAGAAAUUGUUUUUAUUCUGUCAUCAUUGGAAAUCAUGUUGAAUUCUUUGAUUUCUUGGUAUCAUUAAAGGCAAGUGUAAAAAUGGAUUUCCAUGGAGAAAAUUUGAUUCACACAGCUGUUUAUCACAAUAGAAAAGCAUUUAUUAAGAAACUUAUUGAACUGGGAUUAGAUCCAAACAAAGCUUCAGAUUCUGGAGAGACACCUCUUUUUAUUGCAGCAGCACAAGGAUACUGGAAUAUUGUUCAAUUACUUCUUCAAUAUGAUGUUGAUGUAAACUUACAAAGUGAUUCAUAUGGUGAUGCUCCUCUUCAUCAUGCUGUUGAUAAUUACAAAGUCUGUAAGUUACUUAUUGAUAAAGGAGCCGAUGUUAAUAUUGAAAAUUACAACGGAGAAACGUCAUUAAUUAAAGCUGUUUUAGCAGAUAAUGUUAAAUCAGCAGAAGUCCUCUUACAAAACGGUGCAGAUAUCGAGAAGGCAGAUUACAGUGGACAUACUCCAAUUAUGUUUGCCAAAAGAUAUAAAAAGCAUAAAAUGUUGAAAUUCUUAACUGAUAAAGGCGCAGAUACAUCUGAAUUGGAUAAUAUCGCUGAAAUAGAUGAUGAAUAUAAUGAAUCUUAUGAAGAAGAUUUUGAAAAUUAA